AUGUGGAACCAGCAGCAGCAGCAGCAGCAGCAGCAGCAGAUCGACUUCCCCGGCCAGGCGAAGGCCCCCCUCCUCCUCCCUUCUUCUUCUUGUUCCUCCUCUUCCUCCUUCCCCCCCGUCCCGCAGACCCCCAGGAGGACCAUGGAGGAGGUCUGGAAGGAUAUCACUCUCAACACGGCCUCCCCCAUUGUGGAGAACAGUGCCGCUCACCAGGCGUACUUCCACCACCAAGGCCCCGCCGGCCAUGGCUCCAUCGCCGGCGUUCACCUCUCUCAUUUCCGGGACUUCCUCUCCAGACCCUUGAAGGCCGCCACCGCCUCCGUCGCCGCCGUCCCGGUGCAACCGGCGGCGGAGGGGUCGUCUCGCUCGGCCCAGCCGCCGACUGGCUCGACUCCGGCUACCUGCCUCAGCCUCAACUCCGGCGUGGAUUUCCAGCACAUGGAGACGAUGAUUCCCGGGACGUGCCCUGCCGACCGCCGCCAUCACUCUUCUUCCUCCACUUCCUCCUCCUUAACCGCUGUCACCUUCUCCGACUCUCCCUUCCCCGGCCUCUUCGUUUUCUGCAACAACAAGAAGCGAGCCCCGCAGCAGCAACAGCCGAAUGCCGGCAACGGCUCGGGCGCCGGCGACAGCCGCAACAAGCGAAUGAUCAAGAACCGGGAGUCCGCCGCCCGAUCCAGGGCCAGAAAGCAGGCAACUCCGUCCCCAUCUCCCGCAAUUGUCCCCUCUCUCUCUCUCUCUCUCUCGCUCUCUCUCUGUCUGGGUGAACCUCUAUUAUCGGCGGAGUGCAGGCCUACACGAACGAGCUGGAGCUGGAAGUCAACCACCUAACGAAGGAGAACGAGAUGCUGAGGAGACAGCACGAAGAGGUAUCCGGCGUCAACAGCCGCCAAAUUUCCAUUUUUUCUCUCGAUAACGUCCCUGAUAUUAUCCGCCGUUUGAAACAGCUUCGAGCGAAGCUGGCGGCCCAGCUCUUCACCAAGAGGGCUCUCCAGCGAAGCUCAACGGCUCCGUUCUAA